AUGGCUGUGCGAAGAAGCAUGAGCGGCAGCAUCGGCGUCGUUGUUCUCCGGCUGAUGCUGGCCCUGUGCUUUGCGACGACCCUCGUCUGCGGGCAGAGGGACUGGACCGUCGGCGAGGGCGGCGGUUGGACCUUCGGCGUGGCCGGCUGGGAGAACGGCAAGCCAUUCUCGGCCGGCGAUGCGCUCGUGUUCAAGUAUAAUCCGGGCAUGCACAACGUGGUUGAGGUGGACGAAGCUGGGUACAACUCGUGCACGGCCGGCGCCGGUGCCAGGACCUACACCUCCGGCAACGACAAUAUCAGGCUCUCCGGUGGCAAGACCUUUUACAUCUGCAGCUUUCCUGGCCACUGCCAGGGAGGGAUGAAAAUCGCCGUCGCGACCCGGUAG